ACCCCAAUUAUCUCACCAUGAACGUACUACAAUCAAGCACAAUUCAAUUCCCCCGAAUCUUCAAUUCAACAAUAUCCCAAUUCAAUCAUCACAACAUAUUUCCAAGCGUUCUAAAUUUCAUCAAUUUACGUACCACUCGCAGUAGCCCAUGCAAAUUAUUGGUUAAAGUUGAUGAAGGUCGACGACCAAUAUCGACUGAUUUCCUGAAUCAUUUUAAGGAUCUCGAAGAAGAUGAAGAAGAACUUCAUGAUGAUGAUAUGGCUGAUAUUGAUUGGGAUAAAGUGGAAAAAGAAUUCUCUCCAAAUGGUCGGUCUGAACGAGAAGAAGAAGAAAUGAAUUAUGAAAGGGAUCCUGAAUUUGCUGAAAUUUUGGGAGCUUCUCUUGAUGACCCAGCUAAAGCAAAGGAUAAAAUAGCAGAGAGGCUGAGGAGGAAAAAGGACAAGAUACUGCACCGUAAAACCGGUUCAGCGACACCCAUGAGUGUGACUUUUAACAAAUUUGAGUUCUCCAACUCGUAUAUUUGGAUCGAGUUCUACCAUGCGCCAUUGGACAAAGACAUUAAGAUGAUUUGCGAUGCAAUUCGUUCAUGGCAUAUCGUUGGACGGCUUGGCGGGUGCAAUUCUAUGAAUAUGCAAUUGUCGCAAUCUACCACUGAUAAAAGACCAAGCUAUGAUGAUAUUCAAGGAGCAAAUGUUGAACCGUCUACAUUUUAUAACAUCAGUGAUCUUGAGAUUCAAGACAACCUUGCACGCAUAUGGGUAGAUAUUGGUACUAGUGAGCCUUUGCUGUUGGACAUAUUGAUAAAUGCAAUGACACAGAUAAGUUCAGACCAUGUUGGAAUCAAGCAAAUGGUUUUUGGUGGAUCUGAAUUUGAAAACUGGAGGCCAAAUUUGACAUCAGAGGAUGAAGGUUAUUGUGUGCACAAAAUCUAGGCAACUUGUACAAUCAUAGGUUCUGUUAGGUUGAGAAGAGGUUGUGUGGUGUAAAUUUUUACUUGAUUAUGCAAUAUAAACAUGUGGUGAUCUGUAUCUUUUUUUAAUAUAUAGUGUUGGGAAAAUUGCACC